AUGGCGUCCCGCGUGGCCUCACUAUCGGCAUUACAAGCAUGCCUUUGCUUAUCGGAGUCAUCUGUGACCCCAGACACAGACAUAAAGGAGCUAUUGCUCAGAUUACCAUCCAGAGAGGAUAUCGCUAAGAUGCUUGUUGAUCUUGAUACCUCCAUACAAACAAAGAUAUCUGAACUUGGAGCAGGCCUGGACUCAUUGGAUGCACGAGUACAACAACGCGAGACCACAAUAGAGGCCCACAACUCUUAA